AUGUCUACCUCGCUGACCCGGUCGCAACAAGGGCAGCGCCCCUCGUCCCUCUCCGUCCUCGGGCAGACGUACGCCUCGGACGACUACACAAACCUGCCUUCGAGCAUCCUCUCGCGCCUCGCCCCCUCGCCCACGCUACCCUACCAGCCGCACCACCCGCUCUGCCUCCUCCGCGCCCAGAUCGAGGAGCAGCUCGGCGCGGCCUACACGCCCAUCCGCGCGCCCUCGCCCGUCGUAUCCACCCAUCUCAACUUUGAGGAGCUCGGCUUCCCCGUCGACCACCCGGGCCGCAGCCCCACCGACACCUACUACCUCAACCGCACCACCUGCCUCCGCACCCACACCUCGGCACACGAGGUCGAGACCUUCCGCAACCGACACGACCGCUGGCUCCUCACCGCCGACGUCUACCGCCGCGACGAGAUCGACGCCUCCCACUACCCCAUCUUCCACCAGAUGGAGGGCGCAGCCAUCUUCCCCACCUCGGCCUACGCACCGGGAGGCCAGGUCGAGCUCGAGUGCCAGGAGAUGGAAGCCAGGCUGGCACGUGCCAACCUCGAGAUCGAGGACACCGUCGACCUCGACGAGGCAGGCGGCUUCCAGCCCACCCACGACGCGCGAUCCGCCCAGCUGGCGUGCCGACACCUAAAGGCCACCCUCAACGGCCUCGUCCUCGACCUCUUUGGCGAGAGGCACGCACAGGAGCCCUCUUCGUCCAACGGCGGCGGCGGCGGGGAUCCGCUGCGUGUGCGCUGGAUCGCAGCCACGUUCCCAUUCACGUCGCCCUCGUUUGAGGUCGAGGUGUGGUUCCGCGGCAAGUGGCUCGAGAUCCUCGGCUGCGGCGUCGUCAUGGAAAACACACUCACAAAGGCCGGCGUCAAUGCGGUCGGCGGCGGCGGCGAGAAGAAGAUGGGCUGGGCAUUUGGCUUGGGCCUGGAGCGGAUCGCAAUGGUGCUGUACAGCAUCCCGGACAUCCGACUGUUUUGGAGCCAGGAUCGACGUUUCCUCGACCAGUUUAUCGUCGACCCCGCGUCGGACCGGGGGAAGCGACAGGAAGGCUUCAGGGAUACCAUCGAUGGUGGCGGUGGCGGUGGCAAAGACGAAACGGGCGUCUCUGCAGCUGGCGGUGCCCAAUCCCCGACAAGGACACCGCGACGGAAACUGGUGACCUUCAAGCCGUACAGCAAGUACCCGCCGUGCUACAAGGACGUCUCCUUCUGGCUUCCCUCGUCGUCGUCCUCGGCAUGCUCUCAAGGGUCGACCGCAACCACGAUCACGGGGGGUACGCGGUUCCACGAGAAUGAUUUCUACGAAAUCGUACGCGAUACGGUAGCCGAUCUGGCCGAGGACGUGGUCAAGAUUGACGAAUUCACCCAUCCAAAGACGGGCCGCGCCAGUCUAUGCUACCGCAUCAAUUACCGUUCCAUGGAUCGGUCACUCGAAAACGAACAAGUCAAUGCGCUCCAUGCCAAAGUCGUACAGCGUCUCGUCGACGAGAUGCACCUCGAGAUUCGAUAA